UCCAGCGUACCCCAGCGUCCGGGACCCUGGAGUGCCGGCGGACCCGCGUCUCGGGCCCAGAGCAACCAUGGCAGUCCCUUGCCUUUUCCCACGGCAUCCUGCUUGGCGUCUGGGGGUCUUUAUGAGAUGGUGUGUGAAUGGCCACAAGCGAACACUGGUGGGAGUGACUGGGCCCCCCCCCCUUUUGGGGGUUGAGCAAAAAGGCACCUCCAGAGCCUGCAGCUUUGGGAAUGGCAGGUUUGUUAAAGCCCUCCACCAGCGAGAUUUCUGCGUGACCGCGGCCGGUGCCCAGGAGGUGAUGCUGACCUGUGACCGGUAUCCUGUGCGGAGGCUGCCUUUCGCCAAGGUGUCUGAAGAGGACUUAGAAUUCUUUGAACGCGUUAUUCCUGGCCGAGUCAGCACAGAUCCUGACGAGCUAAGGCCUGUGAAUGUAGACUGGCUCAAAAUGGUCCGAGGCUGCAGUAAAGUGCUGCUGAAGCCCAAGACAACAGAAGAGGUCUCCCAAAUACUCAGGUACUGCAAUAAGAGGAACCUGGCUGUCAAUCCUCAGGGGGGGAACACAGGUAUGGUGGGGGGCAGCGUUCCUGUCUUUGAUGAAAUCAUCAUCUCCACAUCACUAAUGAAUCGAGUCAUCAGCUUCGACACUGUGGCUGGAAUUCUGGUUUGCCAGGCUGGGUGUAUCCUUGAGCAGCUGAACCAGUAUGUAGAGGAAAGAGAUUUCAUCAUGCCCCUUGAUUUGGGAGCGAAGGGUAGUUGUCACAUUGGCGGAAAUGUGGCCACUAAUGCAGGUGGUCUCAGACUUCUGAGAUACGGCUCUCUGCGUGGGACCGUUCUUGGACUAGAAGUGGUGCUGGCUGACGGCCUUGUUCUGGACUGCUUAACUUCCCUGAGGAAGGACAACACUGGCUAUGACCUCAAGCAACUUUUUAUUGGCUCAGAGGGCACUCUGGGCAUCAUCACUGCCGUUUCCAUUCUAUGUCCUCGGAAACCUAAGGCUGUGAACUUGGCAUUCCUAGGUUGUCCAGGUUUUGCUGAAGUUCUGAAAACCUUCAGUAGCUGCAAGGGAAUGCUGGGGGAAAUCCUGUCUGCCUAUGAGUUCAUGGAUAACAAAUGCAUGCAGCUGGUAAAGAGUCACCUCCGACUGUCCAACCCCGUCAAAGAAAAUCCCUUCUAUGUUUUAAUUGAAACUUCGGGCUCUGAUGCUAGGCAUGAUGAGGAAAAAUUGACUAACUUUCUGGAGCAGGUUAUGAGCUCUGGUUUGGUAGCAGAUGGCACCGUAGCCACGGAGAACACAAAAAUAAAGAUGCUGUGGGCCCUGAGGGAGAGGAUCACAGAGGCCCUGAGCUGCGAUGGCUACGUAUACAAAUAUGACAUCUCACUGCCUGUGGAGAAGCUGUAUGAUAUCGUGCUUGACAUUCGGAGCCGCCUGGGCCAGAGUGCCAAGAGUGUGGUGGGUUAUGGACACCUAGGAGAUGGCAAUCUGCAUUUAAAUGUAACAGCCAACGCAUACAGCUCUUCCCUCCUGAAGGCCAUCGAGCCAUAUGUGUAUGAGUGGACUGCCCGGCACCAUGGGAGCAUAAGUGCAGAGCACGGGCUGGGGUUCAAGAAGAAGGAUUUCAUUGGCUACAGUAAGCCCCGAGAAGCAAUCCUUCUCAUGCAGCAGAUCAAAGGCAUGUUGGAUCCCAAGGGAAUCCUGAACCCUUACAAGACCCUGCCAUCGAGUUCCUGUUGGUGAUGCUGCUAGUUAGACUCACGUGGACUCCCCCAGUCAGUAUUCGUUCUGCAUUUUAAUCAGUGAUUGCAGUUAAGAGCCAAGUAGAACUCUAGACACAACCUCACUGCACUAAUUGUGGUGAUUCCAGAGGACAGUGGGUGCUCACACUUCCUACUGGCUACUACUGCUCUUGUGUGACUUCUUUUCCAGCUUGAGACCAUGGCAUCCCUAUUCCCUGGUGUGGCAUAGUGGAGAGAACCCUGGAUUUGGAGUUCAAGGACCAGAGUUCAAAUCUAGGCUCUGGUACGAACCACCUGUGUGAUCUUAGAAAUUCCCUUUAACCUCUAUGACCCUCAAGUUUUCUGAGCCAUGCCGUGAGAGAGGAUUGGAGCAGACUACCUCCAGGUCCCUUCUGGCUCUAAUCCUCUGUCCAGCACAUUCGGGCGAGUCAAAGUAUAGGCAUGAUGGCAUGGGUUGAACCCUAUCAGUGUUUGCCAUGAGAUUCAGGCUGGUAGUCCUAAGGGGCAAUGUGAAUUUUCUCUCUCUUUUUUUCCCCCAUUCCUUAAUCAGAGGCAAGAAUGGUUGGGGGUGGUCCCUGUGAUGCUCACCUCUGAUGAAAAUGGUGAAAGCAUGUGCCGGCUGUCCUCUGGCUUCUCUGCGAGGUCCAGAGUUCGGCACCUUGAUACUUUAGGAAGACAUGCUCUAUGUCAGCCUUACAAAGAAUCACAAAAGCCCUGCCUGCCUUCAGCCCUGAGUAAUAAAAUCAGUAGGCAAGCAUCCUUUCCUGUUUCAGUAUACCAGUUGUGUGUUUGGGACAAGGAUGAUAAGAGCUGGGUAUUUAUUUCAGUCAUUUUACCCUGAGCCCAUUCAGUUGAUGGAAAUACAUUUAGCUCCUUCCUCUGGGGGCAUGAUUUCCUGUCUUAGGGAAGAUUUUUGUGGAGGUUGGAAGAGGCCAGGAUUGGGUGACAAGGGCAUGGCAGAUGGUAAUUAAAAGCUUGCUGUUGGAUUUCAUUGGAUUUAUCUUAUGCUUUAAGGGUUCCAAUGUGCUUGGCAUGUUAUUUUAUUUGAUCCUCACAACAACCCUGUGAGGUAGGUACUUUUAUUAGCCUCAUUUUA